CACAGUGGCUUUCACCGCAGCGAUCUCCUGCUGUGCCAUGGCCCGUCAGUGGCAGCAGACCUUGGAACUCCUGGAGCGCAUGCGACACACCCAGGUGCCCAUGACGCGCAGCACACGGAACGCUGCUUUGCGUGCGUUCGACACCGCGGAGCUGCUUCCCAAAGCACUUCAUGCCUUGCAGCUGUUGCGCCAGGGCGUCAACGCAGCACAGACCAAGGAGUGGAGAAGACAAGCAGUGCCUUCGCAUUUGGAGUUGACUCACCAGGGCUUGGACCACGCUGCCGCGCAACUGGAAGAGCGGCUUUCGGGCGCUGACUCGACUUUGGAGCCGAGAGGUUGGGACAUGCAGCGGCGGUCAGAGCUCAAGCCAAUUCCCCAGGAGCUGCUCUUGGACUUGCUGGGAGGGCCCGACCUAGCUGCUGUCCCAGUGGAGGAUGUGAGGGCGCAAGUGCAGCACUUGGCCUCCUUGGCCUUGCUGAGCUCGCCAGUGGCGGCGCAUUUGGUGGGCUCUCGCCUCUACGGGGCUGCUUUGCCCGACGCGGACAUCGACCUGGUCUUGGAGAUGCCGGGUGUCAGCGAGCAGCCGCUGGAGUCAUCCAGGCGAGAUUCAAGCAACGCGUUGUUGCAGAUGCGGAGGCAUUUGGAAUCAGACAUUGACUGGACAGUCGAAGAGAUGGCACUCGAUGCCCGUCGGCCUACACUCCGUUUGAGGAAGGCUGGACUCAAUGUGGCGGUUGAGGUGACGUUUGAUCAGAGCCUCGCCACGUUGCGGAAGAGUGAGCUCCUGCUGCGUGCGACUUCCCGCUCACCUUCUCAACAAUUGGUGCUUUUAUUGCUGCGGACAUGGGCCCAGAGGCGACACGUGUGCGGUCAGCGCCAAGGCUAUCCAUCAGGCUAUGCCUUUGGUCUAAUGGCGGCAUAUCACUGGCAACAGCUCGGCCUUCACGGCCCUUUGCACCCCAGCUCGCGGCAGAGUUUAUCGGCCUUCUGCCGCGAGGCCGACCAUCCGGUGCCGGUGGCCAUCGACAUGGAUCAGGUGAACUUGGACCAGGUGAGUGAACUCUUCGUGGACUUCUUCAGGGCGGGCCUUGUCAAUUACAAAUUGGAUUUGUGGUGGAUCUUUUGUGUUUUAUGGCUAUGGCUUCGGGUGGCACAAGGAGACGGUUUCGGUGACUGGAAGAAAAGCCCACGCAUCCACUCAACUCCUAUGGGUCUCCGAUCCCUUGGAACGUGGCGUCGACCUCGCGGGGCCUUACCUCACCCCCUGGCGCAAUGCUCGCUUGUGGGGUGAGAUGCGGCAUUGCGCCCGUGAUUUGUCCAGAGGCUCCUGGCAGAAGAUCUUCCGAACUCGCGGCGAAAACAAUGUGGCACAGCAUGGGCUCAGUUUGCUGAGUGUUAUUUUAAAUCUAAUUUAAUACAUAUAUACAAGUAAU